GAUGGUCGAUUUCCAUAGAUUAGGAAUGCCCUGGUAAAUUCGAUCUUCUCCCGUGAACACUGCCGGCAUGCACGCGUCGCCGAUGGCCGAACAUGUCGAAUCCGCGACUGUUUUAAUUAAGCGUGUAGCAGUGCCCUUCUUCUCCAUCUCAUCUGCCAGUUUGUCCCUGCAGACUGCAGUGCAGUAACCUCUUUACUCCUCCCCUUAUCUCUCCACCCACCCAGCUGCGUGCUCCUUUAUUGCGCCACCGCCAUGGCUACCUCCCCCACUACCCCUCUCCACAUGGCCACUCCACUUCACAUCUACCCAGCACUUAACGCUUCCGAGGUUCGCAGCACAGCGGCCACGCCUAUAAAACGCGCUGAGCUGCGAGGCCACCGUACUGCACCACACCAGAGUGGCCUCGAGCUAGCUAGCUUGUACUUGUAGGAGGAAGCAGCCAUGGGGAGCAAGGGAGUGACGCUCGUGCUGCUUCUCUGCCUGAGCAGCACGGCGGUGGGCGCGUGGGCUCGCCCGGUCGCCGCCAAGGACGCCAGCGACGAGAAGUUCCUGUGGCUCAAGAAGCACUUCAGCAAGGGGCUUGGAGGUGGAGGUGGGUUAGGGAAGGGCGGAGGGUACGGGAAGGGUAGCGGCUUGGGCGGCGGAGGCGGUGGUGGCUUCGGCGGAGGAGACGGUGGUGGUCUCGGUGGAGGUGGUGGUGGUGGGGGGCUCGGGGGCGGCGUUGGUCAUGGUAUUGGCGGCGGAUUCGGUAAAGGUGGCGGGCUUGGCGGGGGUGUUGGGCAUGGAAUCGGUGGUGGGUUCGGCAAGGGUGGUGGGCUGGGAGGCGGUAUUGGCCAUGGUGUUGAUGGUGGGUUUGGUAAAGGUGGAGGCCUCGGCGGUGGGUAUGGUAAAGGUGGAGGAUUAGGGGGAGGCAUCGGGCAUGGUCUUGGUGGUGGGUUUGGUAAAGGUGGAGGCCUCGGCGGUGGGUAUGGUAAAGGUGGAGGACUAGGUGGAGGCAUCGGCCAUGGCCUUGGUGGUGGGUAUGGCAAAGGUGGAAGGCUUGGGGGUGGCAUCGGCCACGGCGUUGGAGGUGGGUUUGGUAAAGGUGGUGGGCUUGGUGGAGGAAUUGGCCAUGGCAUUGGUGGCGGCUACGGAAAAGGUGGUGGUCUUGGUGGUGGCAUUGGUCCUGGUAUCAGCGGUGGUGUCGGUGGUGGCUACGGAAAAGGUGGUGGUCGCGGCAGAGCCAUUGGCCCUAGCAUCGGCGGUGGGUACGGCAAGGGUGGUGGACUUGGAGGCGGCAUUGGCCAUGGCAUCGGUGGAGGCUAUGGUAAAGGCGGUGGUCUUGGUGGUGGAAUAGGCCAUGGCAUCGGUGGUGGCUUUGGCAAGGGCGGCGGGUUUGGUGGUGGCAUCGGCAAGGGUAGUGGUAUUGGUGGCAGAGGUUAUUACGGUGGUGGUGGCGGCAAUGGCAUCGGUGGGGGAUUCGGUAAGGGUGGUGGUUCCGGUUUUGGGUUUGGUAAAGGCGGCGGGUUCGGCGGCGGUGGUGGAGGCGGCAGUGGCAGUGGUGGCCACUGAUAUGUUAGUACGUGUGUUCUGCAGUUCUCGUAUAAACUCUAUAGUUGCCAUCUUUCUGUGGCGAUAAUUAAGUUGUGAAAGUUUGUAGUGCUAUGUUAGUCGUAUCGUGUUGUCUUGGUGACUGUGAUAUCAGUCACAAUAUGUACCUACUCGUACUCCAAGUAAUGUUCGUUGAAACGAUCAGAAGUAUAAAUGAAGUUGAGCAGAGUUAAUGAUA